AUGGAAACUUGCAGGAAAACAAGUGUAUAUAUUUUAGAACCGAAAAUGUCUGUGGUUAAAGGAAAAUUAGUGAAAAUGGAAGUUAUUCAAGUUGGUGAAUAUGAAUUCACUAAACAAGAUAUAAUUGGGCAUGGAGCAUUUGCUAUGGUGUACAAAGGAAGGAAGAGACGGAAUCCAUCACAGUCGGUGGCAGUGAAGGUGGUGACAAAGAAAGGCAUACAGAAGGCAUCGGAGAUCCUCGUCAAGGAGAUCAAGAUCUUGCGUGAGCUGACGGCGCUUCACCACACGAACCUCGUAGCUAUGCACGACUGUAUGGACAGUCCCGCUUAUGUCUACGUAGUUAUGGAGAGUCGCAUCUCUCCAAUCAACAUGGAUUGGUACAUCUACCAACCUUAUAUGGACGCACUGAUUUGGUUACUUACAACAUGA